CAGACUACAUUAAACAGAUGAAGUCUCAGUUUCCAUUGCAAUAGGAGCAGCUCAGAUAUCCACUGCUGCUACGCAGCUCAAACUGUUACUAUGGGUGUGGAUGUCAGAGGAGAAAAUGACCUGCAGAAUAUCAUACUCUGGAAGCAAACUGUCCGAGAGACUACUAGCAUUGUGGCUGGAGCAGGUAGCAGAUUUCAGUUAGGACAUCUGUGCUGAAGAGAGAACUCUUCAUAUUCUUCAUUGAGGUUCAGAAGCAUUUUACUUGUGCCCUGGUAGCUCUGCUUGAUAAUAAUGAAUAAGUUUCUGAUUGUAUUUGAUUUUGAUGAAACCAUCAUUCAACACAACAGUGACUAUGUCAUCCUCAAAUGUAACCCAGACCAAAGUCUUCCAGAAGAAUUACUGCGGCCUCGGGAUGAAGAAUGUUGGAGUGAAUAUAUGGGCAAGGUAUUCCAGUAUCUAGGAGAGACGGGGGUCAAAGAAGAAACCAUGAGAAAGGUUUUAGCAGAAACCCCACUUACAAAAGAGAUGCUAACCCUAUUUCAGUUCCUUAGGAAGUCCCCAGAUUUAUUUGAAUGUGUUAUUAUCUCAGAUGCCAACACCUUCUUUAUCAAUAGCAUUCUUCAAGCAAAUGACCUAUCCACCGCUUUCCAGAAAAUAUACACAAAUCCUUCGUGCUUUGAUAACAAAAAUACCUUCACAAUCAGUCCUUACCAUUCCCAUGUGUGUGAGCAGUGUCCCAUUAACAUGUGCAAGAGACAGAUCCUGCAUGAUCACCUCGUACGACGUGCUGAAGAGGAAGUUGAAUUUGAUAAAAUCUUCUACGUUGGAGACGGCACCAAUGACUUCUGCCCUUCUGUAGAUUUGACGACAACUGAUGUCAUCUUCCCAAGGAAGAACUAUCCAUUGGAUAGGUUGAUCUCCGAGUUCAAAAUGACAGAACCAUCUGCAAUUCAAGCCCAAGUCGUUCCCUGGGAGUCUGGAGAAGAUAUAUUGCUUUUCCUUGAGGAUUGCGCAGGGAGAUAAUGUUGCUCCAACAUCCCUAAAAGAGAUUCAGAAAGCGUUAUCAUUUUCCAGUAGUAAUUUAAAAGCUUUUUUGGGAAACAGAGUAAAAUUAAUAGUAAAAUUGCAUGAUUCUAAAGCUUACUGAAAUAUUUAAUUAUUAUACUAGUUCAGGAUCUAACACAUAUUUCCCUAUAUCAACAAUGCUAGUUAUUUGGUCAACAAUGUAAAAGCUGUGAUUAAACACUAAUUGUGAUUUUUCAAAUGCACCUUUUCCCGGAACACAGAGAAAAGUAGUUAUAAAUCAUCUACUAUUUUAGUUAGGGAGAAAGAUUGUACCAGCACACAAUGGUAGAAAUAUUUAUAUUGUAGAUAUAUCAGUGCGAGUUCAAUUCUCAAGACGGCUUCAUCAGUAAUUAAAAAAUUUUGCAUGGAAUGUAUUAAUGUUCCUAUGAUAGCGUACUAACCAAGCUAUAAUCUUCAUGCAGUCAUCAGCCACGUAUCAGAAUGCUUCAAACAUUUAGCCAGCCCACAUCAGUGUUUAGUAAAUUCUAUGAACUUUCCAUUACAAGUUUCCAUGGAAUGUUUCCGAACAUGUAAUCUUUAAACUUCUGCAGGACAAAACAGAAAACAAGAAAUUAUUUUCCUUAUUUAAAUUUUGUAGUGCUUUGACUCUAAAUACAACUCUGGGAAAGGAAGUAAGAUUUCAGUAUCUGAAGUUUCUUGUAUCUCCAAGGAAAAUCCAUAAACUGUUUGAAAUUCACAAUUAAAGGACGGUUUUCUUAAUACUUAGAAUUAUCGGUGAGAUAUAUCAACCAAUGGAAUACUGUUCAAUAACUUUAUCAUUGGCCUUAGUUUAAGCAGAGCGGUAGACUGAUUAUGAUCUGGUUUAAUUUCAUUAAGUGUUGAUCUAAACAGAUAAUGGAUUGGAAAUGCCUGAAAUUAUAUAACAAUGCAACUAAAACGAAAAUUCCAUAUAAUACCAAAAAUGCUUGGGAUUUGCAAUGACACCAAAUUACCAUUAUGCUUAUGUUAAUAUUCAUGAAAAAUAAACCGGUUGAGAUUUUUUUUUUUAAUUUUAAAACUAGCAUUACAUUGCUUUGGACAUCCUGGGUCAGAUUCAUGUGAGGUCACUGGGGAAGCGAUUAUCUAAUGUGUAUUGCAUACAGUGCAGUGUGUACAUUAGAAUUGUGAUUUAUUGGUCUUUCUUGUAUCUCUGCCUAAUGGGAAAUGUUGCUUCAAGUAAUAGGGCCACUUUGAAGCAGUCUUGCCCAAAGUUGUGGAUGGAUGCUGGAAACAGGCACCCUUUGACCCGACAUCUAAAGGAACAUCGAACUUUUGGGGACGGGUACUUGAGAGUUUGGCCCCCACAAAGAAUGAUGACCUGCCUUUAAGAUGGAGUCAUUGGGACUACUGGAAGCCUGUGUAACUGCAGCUCAGGUAGGGAUAUACCCUCUGGUCAAGCGUUGCUGCUGGGAUUGUGGUCCAGUCCAUUUCCUAAAUCUGUAUUUGUCAGAAUAUGGUUGGGGCAACAUCAGUCAUCCAUUGCAUGCUUGGUGAUAUCACUAAUGCACGUCCACUAGCUACUAUGUAUAAAUGCAUGGGGUCCCAGUAAAAUCUACCAAUUUACACUAAAUGCUUGCAGGGUUAAACCUAUCUGGAAGAAAACCACUGCAUAGCAAUAAAAAACAUUGUGCUACCUGAUAAACCUUCUAACCAAUGGCAUCCUAAAUUUACUUAUUAUUCAAUUAGACAUUACUGAUGAUAUAGAAGAAAUUAACCUGGAGAUAGGACAAGAACUUUAUGAAAAUGUUUAAUUCAGAAAUAUGACACAAAAAAUCACACUGCAAAAUUACUGCUGCUAAAUAAAUAACAGAGCAUGAUUUGUACUGUACUGCCGCUUAGAUAUCAGUACAUAAUAUGUAAAACUGAUUUGACUUGAAGUGUGAAGAUAUCCCUGACAUUACUGAAAGAUCUCAAACAAUUUACAAAAUUAAACUUGGACAAAGUUGAGGAAUUAAAAAUAAUUGGUGUCUUUAGCUGUUGUUGUAGAAUGUAAUACGAAACCAUUGAUGGUAACGGAUUUAACUUAACUAAAUCGAGUUGGGUCAUUUAUAGAAUUUUAGAUAAUCAGACUGAAAAUGUAUACUGCAUUGUUAAAAAGCUUUGGUGCAGCUAGAAUAAAAUUAGAUUAAAAUGUCUGUCAUUUUUUCAGCAAAUGAAUCCAACACCUGUCCAUGUGAAAUUCAGUGUAUUGCCAUUAUAUUGUUCAUCUGGAAAUCCAUGUUACUCAGUCCCGACAGUAUUGAUAUUUGUCUUGGGCAGUAAUCUGAUUCGGGAAAUAAUUCACUGGCAAUUGAUUUUAUGCUUGGCCCAAUAUUUUUUAUUCUUUUCCAUUCCCUCAAGAACUAGAAAUUAUACCACAAAUUUACUUGCUAAUAAUUUUUUUUAAAUGGGUCUAUUCUUGAAUGAAAAUGUAGAAUCUGAAUCUAAAAGGAGAAAACUGCAAAAGGAAACGUCUAACUUUUCCCCAAUAAUGGAACACAGGUUUUUUUUUGUUUUUUUUUUCUUUUUUUGCUCGUACUACAUUCUUUACUUUUCGCUCUGAUCGUCUCAAACCUUCAGAGUUUAUUCAAUGGCCGCCACCAACAGAGCAGGUGCUUAAGCACAACAAAUUGCUUCAUAUUUUCAAGCAUUUUCUUUGAGGAAUUGGUUGCUGUACUAAAUGAUAAUGUGCAUUCUGAAAACAACAUGCAAGCUCACAUUGAAUGUGUUUGUUCGUAAAAAGCAUGGAUUUUCCACAAGUCUCAGACCUCCAAGUAACAUAGAGCAGGAUUCCAGCAGAUGAAGGCACAGGCAAAAAUGAUUGGACAGAGAAAGAAAUGGACUAGAAGCAAUUACUGAUCCCGUGUCGCAAAUUUUGGCAUGUAUCUAAACUGCCCAAAAUUAGAUGAAUAUAUUUUGACAUAUAAGUGACUACAGUAUAGAACUGAACUACAGAAAUUACUUUUAGCCAAUUCCUAUUGAUCUAUUCUCUAUAUACCCAAGAUUACAAUAAUUACAAUUCUUGCCUUCCAAAUUCCUGCCUCAAAUUCUAGUUACCCUGAAUUUUCCUCCCAACAUGAUGAUUUGUAAGGUGAGGAAAUUGGACACCAUUUCUUUCUGAUUAGCUGGAUGAUAUUUGCUACAUCCUGCAGCACUCCUUGUGAUUCACAUGAAACUUUGAAGAUGACAGCACUGCAAGUGUGAAUGUUAUAUGCCGGGCACAUUUUGGUACAGGAAUGUGCAACCAAAACAUUUGCCCCUGAUUUCAAUAUACAUGCAAUUGAUUUAGUGAUACAUCAAGACUCUAAGCGGGUUCUAUGUCACUCUCGCACCAAUGAAAAUGUAAGCCAGCCUAACAUUUCUUGUCGUAUCACAUAUUAUAUUUUUAUUCUGGCAGCUGUGCUAUUUUCAACACUAACAGAGAUGAGUAUAAAAACUAGAAUGCACUCUACCUUCACAUUUUCAUGUCUUUUUAUUCGUGCCAAUUUAGCAAAUACUCCAAGUGUAAUAGUGUAGCAUGUUUCAAUUUUUAC